ACCUGAGAACCCGAACAUGAAGGCUGUGAAGAAUAGUCACAGUUUUCAACCUGGGGAGCCCGUCUUCGCUAAGAUGAAGGGUUAUCCUUUCUGGCCUGCCAGGAUUGGGGAAGGCAAGGGACCUAAGAAUAAAGUACCCAUAUUCUUCUAUGGCACGCACCAGACAACCUUUCUGCUCCCCAAUGAAAUUGUUCCCUAUUGGCCGAACAAGGACAAAUAUAACAAGCCAAUCAAGAAAGGAGGAUUCCCUGAGGGAAUGUGGGAGAUUGAACAUGAUCCAGGAAUAUGCCUGAAAGGACCAAAAAAAGUGUCACUGCUGAGCAGGGUGGAACAGAUGCGCAAAGCCCAGAAGAGGGCAGCCGCCAGUGCCUCCUUGACGGACGCGCCAUCUCCUGCCAAGAUGGCAAGGGAAGAAGCCUCAGCUGGAAAGCCACCUUCUGCAGCACCACCUGUGACCACAGAGAAAAAAACGCCUGCAAGGACAGCGGCUCCUAGACAGAGCACCACUGCCACUCCGAAAGCCACGACCACUCGGCGGUCGGUGUCCGCCGACGCAACCGCAUCACCUCCAGAAGCCACAUCCUCUCAGAAGUCCUUGCGCUCCGCUAAAGCCACGCCCUCAGAGAAAGUUGCUUUCUCUGAGCGGAGGUCCCGAAGUAUACCCAAAGUCACACCAACAGAGAAAUCAGGCACCACCCAGACUAUACCCACGCUUCAGAAAUCCACUCCCACAAAAGUUACAGAUACACGCCCUAAUGACACACCAGCUACAAUAACUGCCACACCCCCUAAGUCCACCUCUCAAACACAAGCUCAGCUCAAACCUCCUCAGGAAGCCGCCUUGCCACAGAAAGACACACCCUCUCAGGGAGACGUGGCGCGCCAAGAGGCCAGACCUUCUCCAAAAGCCACACCCGUUCCACAGACAACACUCUCGCUGGAAGACACACCCCUCCAGGAGGUCACACCAUCUCAGGAAGUUGCCCACUCGCAGAAAGCCCAGGCUGAAGUGGAUGCACAGUCUCAGGUUCCUCAGAAGAGCACUGAAGCCAGUGCUGCAGAUGAGUCUCAGGAGAGGGAUGGCAGGAAGAGGAGGAGAGGAGAGAAGGAGGAGGGAGGAGAGGAGGAACCAGAGCCCAAGCAGAAGAAAAAUAGUGAGGGAGUAGGUGAGAGCUCCCCAAAGCAGGAGAAGAACAGCGUUUCUGCCGUGCUGAAAUCUUUGCAGGAUCUCGUGCAGAGCAGAGAAGUCAGGAGAGGACAGAGGGAAAAGGAGAAGGGGACACAGAAGGAGGAAAAGAAGGAGUGUGAUAAGCAGGUGCCAACAGAGGUCAAGGACAUACCAAAAGAGAAGAGGGAGCUUCGGAAGGAGAACAAGACUGAGGUGGCAAUGGAGAUCAAAGAGGUUCCAAAAGAGCAGAAGAGAGAACUUCAGAAGGAGAAUAAGACUGAGGUGCCAAUGGAAGAAAAGGAGGUUCGAACGGAGGAUAAGAAGCAGACACCAGCAGAGGUCAAGGAGGUUCCCAAAGAGGAGAAGAGAGCACUUCGGAGGGAGAACAAGACUGAGGUGCCAACGGAAGUAAAGGAGGUUCCAAAAGACAAAAAAGAGCUUCAUAAGGAUGACAAAAAGCAAUCACCAAUGGAGGUUCCAAAAGAGGAGAAGAGGGUGCUUCGUAAGGACAACAAGAAGGAGGCACUAGUAGAGGUCAAGGAGGUUCCAACAGAGGAGAGGAGGGAGCUUCAUAAGGACAACAAGAAGGAGGCGCUAGUAGAGGUCAAGGAGGUUCCAAAAGAGGAUAGGAGGGAGCUUCGUAAGGACAACAAGAAGGAGGCACUAGUAGAGGUCAAGGAGGUUCCAACAGAGGAUAGGAGGGAGCUUCGUAAGGACAACAAGAAGGAGGCGCUAGUAGAGGUCAAGGAGGUUCCAAAAGAGGAUAGGAGGGAGCUUCGUAAGGACAACAAGAAGGAGGCACUAGUAGAGGUCAAGGAUGUUCCAAAAGAGGAUAGGAGGGAGCUUCGUAAUGAUAACAAGAAGAAGGCACUAGUAGAGGUCAAGGAGGUUCCAAAAGAGGAGAGGAGGGAGCUUUGUAAUGAUAACAAGGAGGUACCAACCGAACAAAAGGAGGUUCGGAAGGAAUACAAGAAGCAGACACCAACAGUGGUCAAGGAGGUUCCAAAAGAGAAGAGAGAACUUUGGAAGGAAGACAAGAAGCAGACACCAACCGAGGUUUCAAAAGAGAAGAAAGAACUUCGGAAGGAAGACAAGAAGCAGACACCAACAGAGGUUAAGGAGGUUCCAGAAGAGAAGAGGGAACUUCGGAAGGAUGACAAGAAACAAGCACCAACAGAGGUCAAGGAGAUUCCAAAAGAGGAGAAGAGGGUGCUUCAGAAGGAGAGUAGGAAGGACGUACCAACGGAACAAAAGGAAGUUCAUAAGGAGGACAAGAAGCAGGCACCAACAGAGGUCAAGGAAGUUCCAAAAGAGGAGAAGAGGGUGCUUCAGAAGGAGAGUAGGAAGGACGUACCAACGGAACAAAAGGAAGUUCAUAAGGAGGACAAGAAGCAGGCACCAACAGAGGUCAAGGAAGUUCCCAAAGAAGAAAAGUUGGAACUUCGGAAGGAGAACAAGAAAGACAUGCCAACAGGAGAAACAGAGGUAGCAAAAGAUGAGAAGAGGGAACUUCGGAACAAGAAGGAGGUACCAACAGCGGUCAAGGAAGUUCAGAAAGAGGAGAAGAUUGAGAUUCUGAAGGAGCAAAAGAAUGGAAGUGUGCAGGAGAUUGAGGGCAAGAGAGACCCUCCCAGUGUGAAGCUGAAUGAGGCUAUAAUACUGAAGAAAGAAAGAAAAGAAGAGCGGAAAGUAGGCAUCAAAAUUGUCACAGACUCCGUCACAGAUUCCAGACUGCACAGGCUCCUUGGAGAGAUCCGCAUCUCCUUGACUGUUGGAAACCCAGAUGUGGGGAAGUGUGUACUGGCAUUAGAUGAGCUGGGAAGAGUACCUGUGUCCUCCCAGCAUCUGCAGAAGCACAAAGAGCUCAUUGAAACACUUAGCAGGAUCCGCAAGUUCAACGAGAGCGAGGUGAUCAUGCAAAAAGCCUCGAUGCUCUACCACAAGUUCAAGAGCGUGUACCUGAGUGGUGAGGAGGACCUCUCUCCCGACUACAUCAACAUACUCCAGCAGGAACGCCAGCAGGAGGAGAUCGGGCGAGUGCAGAGGGAGGAGAAGGAGGAGAAGAGAGAGGGAAGAGAAGAGAGGAGUGUGGUGGAAAGAGUAGGGAGUGAAGGUACAGUGGUGUGAGCUGCCUGGAAGGAGCUGCAAAGCAGGUUUUUGUUUUUGUCGUCUUUGCGUUUGUGUUUUUUUAUAUAUUUUUAUAUAAGACUAAAAAUGUGCUCUAGGAAGAUGCUGUGAAACUUACCCAGACCAUCCAGUCACACCAAGCCCAUACACAAUAACAUCACACACACUCACACAGGCACAUAGACAAUACAGUACACUGACAUGCACAAUUAAUUUAAAUGCUGCUAUUGCUUUGAACAUGUAUCUUUGUCUUUUUUUACACAUUGUUUGCACUGUUUGUGGGUUGAGAGCAUGAGUGUGCGUGUGUGUGUGUGCGUCGUGUGUGCGUGUGCGCGCGUGUGUGUGUGUGUGUGAGAGAGAGAGAGAGAUCAAUAUAUAAACAGUACUGCUGAAAUUUAAUUUUAGUUAAAGCCAGCAAAGAAGACCGGCUGGCUUUACAAAACACUGGCUGAUGCAAAUAGAAACACACACACACACACACACACACACACACUACAGGGAAUUACUCUGCACUGCGUAGAGGAUUAAGAGGAAAGUACAAUCGUUCCCACUGACACAUACACAAAUUCACUACCAUUCAUUGAGAACACACAACUUAGGUCAAAUCUGAAAUAUAAGUUAAGCUAUAUGAGUAACUUGCAUUAGUGCAAACAUACUUACAAUAGGCUACACGCUACCUAUAAUUUUUUUUUUUUUUCAGUUUGAUUACAGAUAUAAAAAUCCACCUCAGUUUUGAUGGAUCUGUUUCCGUCCUGAAAAGGUUUGUCACGUUCCUGUUUUUCUGUGAGCAUUAACUAGCACAUCAAUUCUUUUUAUAAAUAAAGAAAGAAAAACAGA